GUUGUAAACUUCAUAUCUAGGGUUUACCCUAUUUCCAAAUCAGACGAUCGACUCCAAGGUUUGAAGAACUAGAAUCGAAGCUUGAUUUAAGUUUUGAUGUGAUGGAACCAACAGGAGAUUCUAAUAGUAGGUCACGGGACAUUGCUUCAUGGCCUAGUGCCGUUUCUCAUUACAUGUUGGAGUGUAUAUUGAAGCAGUACAAGAGUGGUAAGGGUGGAGAUAAUGGACUGAAAAAGGAGCAGUUCAUUAAAAUUGCCAACCAACUGAAAGAGAAAUUAUUUACUAGUUACGACUGUGAACAAGUGAGAAACCACUUCCGGAUUUGGAAGCAAAGGCUUAGAGCAUUGAGUGACCUACAGAAGCAAAGUGGAUUGGGUUGGAAUGCAUCUGAUAUGAGAUUUGAUGCUCCUCAACACUUCUGGAAUGAUUAUAGGAAAAAAGAACAAAAGUAUUGGAAGGAACAUAGUGUGCUCCCAAUUCACCUUGAAGUUGGAGCUUUGCUAAGGAAAGAGAUGGCAACUGGGAAUGAUUCAACAGUCCCCUCUGAAGCUGCCACUGAAGUUAUGAUGGACGUGACAGGUACUCAGGUUGAGGGAAUAGGGAACAAUGAUGGUGUUGACUAUGAACCUAUUGAAGAAGAAGAAAGUGUUCCUUCCACUCCCAUUGGUAGUACCAGCCGUUCUCGAGGAAGACCUCGUGGGUCCGUCAAUAGUGGUAGAGAAAAGAGGAAGAAGGGUGCAGCUGAAAAUGUGGUAAGUCCAUUGAAAUCGAUUGCUAACUCAAUCGAGAAGAUGGUAAUGAGUGAAUCUCAGUCUGAAUUUGGGAGAGCAAUUAUAGAUGUUGUUGAUGCCAUUCCAGACCUCAAUUUUCAACAAAAGUUUAAGGCCAAGGAAUAUUUCAUGGCCAAGAAGAAUUCUGCCAUUAUCUUCUUGGAAACAAGAGUAGAAGAUAGGCGAAAUCUGCUUGAGAUGUACUUGCCAGAGAUUGAGAAGAAUUGAGGUGAUAAAAGGAAGUGUUUGGACAUUCUACGACAAUGGUUUUAUUGAAUAGAAAAUGCAUCUGUUUGGUUGAUGUAACUUGAUGUUAUGUUAAGUCUGUGACAAUGGUGGCAUGUAGUCUUAAGAAAUAUUAAGACAAUGGUUCUUUCUAUGUUCCUCUCUAAAUGAUUUCAAGGUUUAAGUAUGGACAACAUCAUUCUUAUUUGUCAUAAUAUUUUGGGUUCUUUGGUAUGGUAUAAAUAGGGAGCGCAUAGGUGACCCAGAUUACUCCAUUGAGAAAAUUGGUGAGAGAGAGCAGAAAUGGCAUGUAUUUAACACUCUUUGUCCUUAUAACCUUCUUCAUGAUAAGUGAUGGAGACAGGUGCAUGCAACAAUUGAAGAACACAGAUGAGGUGAAUAUUGAUCACAUUUUUUUUCUUUUAUUUAUUUCCUUUCCCACCAUUGUAUAUCAGUUUCAAUUCCUGUUUAAGAGGUAUAAAAUUUGUGCCAUUGAAGUCUC